CCAGCGUUGUAGCCGUUGAAGCUCAUCAGUGAACUUUACUUUCAUCCAUUGUAAUUGAUUUCUCCAGUUGUUUUCUGAGUCUCCUCAUUGAGAAAGGAUCUACCUUUUUCUCGAUUUUAUUCUCUCCGCUGAGAAUUGUCUAGGGUUCUUCUGUCUUCUUUGCUAUUUCUCUCGUAUCUGGAUUUUAGGGAUUCAAAGUAUUUUCAUUAGGUUACGAUUAUUCUCCUUUAUGGGUCCUCCUCUGCUUCCGAAACAUGUAACUGCAGUUAUAAAAUGUCAGAAGGAUCCUAUGAAAGCUCUAGAAAUGUUCAAUUCGAUGAGAAAAGAGGUUGGUUUCAAGCAUACUUUAUCUACUUACCGCAGUGUCAUCGAAAAGCUUGGAUAUUAUGGAAAAUUCGAAGCCAUGGAAGAGGUUUUAGUGGAUAUGCGGGAGAAUGUUGGUAACCAUAUGCUUGAAGGGGUUUAUGUUGGGGCAAUGAAGAAUUAUGGUAGGAAAGGGAAAGUUCAAGAAGCUGUUAAUGUGUUUGAAAGGAUGGAUUUUUAUGAUUGUGAGCCUACGGUUUUCUCUUAUAAUGCUAUUAUGAGUGUAUUGGUUGAUAGUGGUUACUUUGAUCAAGCUCACAAGGUGUAUAUGAGGAUGCGGGAUAGAGGUAUUACGCCUGAUGUUUACUCGUUUACGAUUAGGAUGAAGUCGUUUUGUAAGACCAGUCGGCCUCACGCUGCUUUGAGGCUUCUUAAUAAUAUGUCUUCUCAAGGCUGUGAGAUGAAUGUGGUUGCUUAUUGUACUGUGGUUGGUGGGUUUUAUGAGGAGAAUUUUAAGGCUGAGGGAUAUGAGUUGUUUGGGAAGAUGCUUGCAUCGGGUGUUUCGCUUUGUCUUAGUACGUUCAACAAGCUUCUACGUGUUCUUUGCAAGAAAGGAGAUGUUAAGGAGUGUGAAAAACUACUUGAUAAGGUUAUCAAAAGAGGUGUUUUACCGAAUCUGUUUACUUAUAAUUUAUUCAUUCAAGGGCUUUGUCAGAGAGGUGAGCUUGAUGGUGCGGUUCGUAUGGUAGGUUGUCUCAUAGAACAGGGACCCAAACCUGAUGUCAUCACGUAUAACAAUCUUAUAUAUGGCUUAUGUAAGAAUUCCAAGUUUCAGGAGGCAGAGGUUUACUUGGGGAAAAUGGUGAAUGAAGGGCUUGAGCCUGAUAGUUAUACCUAUAACACACUAAUAGCUGGAUAUUGCAAAGGUGGGAUGGUACAACUUGCAGAAAGGAUUGUAGGUGAUGCUGUUUUCAAUGGAUUUGUGCCUGAUCAGUUCACAUAUCGCUCCUUAAUUGACGGGUUGUGUCAUGAAGGUGAAACAAACCGUGCUUUAGCUUUAUUUAAUGAGGCCUUAGGGAAAGGGAUAAAGCCUAACGUUAUUCUUUACAACACACUGAUCAAGGGAUUGUCUAACCAGGGUAUGAUUCUAGAGGCUGCUCAGUUGGCGAAUGAAAUGUCUGAAAAGGGUUUGAUUCCUGAGGUACAGACUUUUAACAUACUCGUAAAUGGACUAUGCAAGAUGGGAUGUGUUUCUGAUGCUGAUGGUCUUGUUAAAGUCAUGAUCUCCAAAGGGUACUUUCCUGACAUAUUUACUUUCAACAUUUUGAUUCAUGGUUAUUCUACACAGUUGAAAAUGGAAAACGCACUUGAGAUAUUAGAUGUUAUGUUGGACAACGGUGUUGAUCCUGACGUGUACACUUACAACUCUUUGUUAAAUGGUCUCUGCAAAACUUCAAAGUUUGAAGAUGUGAUGGAAACAUAUAAAACUAUGGUGGAGAAAGGUUGUGCCCCUAACUUAUUCACGUUUAAUAUACUUCUGGAGAGUCUAUGUAGAUACCGCAAACUAGAUGAAGCCUUGGGGUUAUUGGAGGAAAUGAAAAACAAGAGUGUGAAUCCAGAUGCGGUUACAUUUGGAACGUUGAUUGACGGGUUCUGCAAAAACGGAGACUUGGAUGGAGCAUACACGCUGUUCCGGAAAAUGGAAGAGGCUUAUAAGGUUUCAAGUUCAACGCCAACAUAUAAUAUCAUCAUUCAUGCUUUCACUGAGAAGCUAAAUGUUACUAUGGCGGAAAAGCUUUUCCAAGAGAUGGUUGAUCGUUGUCUUGGUCCUGAUGGAUACACAUACCGGCUUAUGGUUGAUGGUUUUUGCAAAACGGGAAAUGUCAAUUUGGGGUACAAGUUUCUACUGGAGAUGAUGGAAAAUGGGUUUAUUCCAUCUCUCACAACGCUUGGACGUGUAAUAAACUGUCUUUGUGUGGAGGAUAGAGUUUAUGAGGCUGCCGGUAUUAUCCAUCGGAUGGUCCAGAAAGGACUGGUCCCUGAAGCUGUGAACACCAUUUGUGAUGUUGACAAAAAGGAGGUGGCUGCUCCUAAGCUUGUCUUGGAGGAUUUGUUGAAGAAGAGCUGUAUCACGUAUUAUGCUUACGAACUUCUUUUUGAUGGCCUUAGAGAUAAGAGGCUACGCAAGAAAAAGGGUUUCACAGUGGUAGCCAUAUGAAUCUGAUGCAGUGGCGUUGCUUAAAGAACUGAUUGAGUUUGUUUGAUUUGAGAAGAUAGAACUCAGCCAAUGCUCUGAGCCCCAUGGAUUGAACUUAGAUUUAAAUUGUGGGUGACAAGUCUAUGUUCAGUGAAAUUUCAUCCAAGACACAAAAAGGUUGGAGUUGCUCUGAUCUUUAACCAUGAUCUAUUGAACCUUAUAUCCGGAACUAUAGUCAAUAACGUCUCCUGGAUAGUUAGAGAAAGAAGUUUUGCUGAUUUGAUCCCAUUUCCUCUUUUAUUUAUGGUACUGCUACAUGAUAGAGUUAAAUGUUAACCACAGGUCCACAGGCAAGGGUCAUGCUGCAUAUGCAUGAUCUAAGUCCUUCUCAACUUCGCCUUCGAUGAGAAUUUUUCGGCAGCAGUGCGGAAAGAAGCCAUAGUUGAGGAACACCUGACAACUGUGGCUGCAUAAGGUACGUGGAGCUUUCUGAACAUUGUGGCCUUUUUGUUAUAUGUGGUUGGUUAGUUGCAGUCACUGAGAAGUAUAUAGAUCUUACAAUGAUCGAGUCACUUUUUUUAUUAGAACUGUUUAUCAUUGCAAGUUCCCAUAAUUUUUCUGACAAAAUAUAACAACAAAGCGUAUCAACUAUAGAGCAUGGA